AUGGCUCUGCUUCCUCCUGGUGGACUUCCAGAGAUUGUCUUCUCCUUCGACACAACCGGCUCUAUGAGCAGUUGUCUGGCCGAAGUCCGAGGUCGACUCCAGGACAUGAUACAGCGACUCCAGGCUGACAUCCCCGCCAUCAGAAUGGCCGUCUUCGCCCACGGUGAUUACAGUACAGCGUCCACAUAUGUCACGAAAUGGAUCGACUUCUCCACUGACAUCAAAGAACUCUGCGACUUCGACCUGAACGUGGACGAUGGGGGUCGGCAUCUAAAAUUGGACAACUUUACAAACAUAUUUGACCUCCUCAUGGCCAUCUGCUACAGGGAGCAUGGAGCAGACAUCCUUCAUAAACCAUCAAAGUUUGUGACACCUCUUCUGAGAAGAGAGGAGGUCUUUGAAAACAACUUCAGCUUAAGAGACAUGGACUGGUCACACUGGGUUAAAGUUAUCUCCCCUGAUCUUCCUCUCAAACAGAAUGCACAAUGGGAGAAAAGACGGGGUGCCAACCCUGGAUUCAAGAGAAGGACAGUGUUCAAGUUCAAGAACAAUAAGCCAGCUUUCUACGAGAUCAGUGUUCAGACGAUCAAGUACGGGCGUAGGUGUGUGGUAUUCAGCAUGUUCGGUCACCAUAUUCCCAAUAAUGUUAACUGGGAAACACAACUCCUUGGAAACAAACUUGUCAGAGCUCAGGUGAACAAUGUUGUGUCUCAGAACUGCAGUGUCUUCGUGCGGAGGGUGGUAUAUAGACGAGCAUCAGCUCACGUCCAAGCAGCCGCAAUGAUGAAGUCCUAUACUACGCUUGGAGGCGCCUACCAUCACGAUCCACUGCUCGACAUGUUUACAAACAAGGAAGCACAAUUUCAUCAGAUAAAGUAUAGAAUGUUUCUGAACAUUGACUGA